ACUGCAGACUGUCGAAGCCAAACUUUGGCAAUUAACUCAUUGGCGAGAUAGCACCGACUUUGUAAAGCAGAGAGUAACUCAAGUAUCAACAAAGUGUGUCAGUUUAAUGUUUGCUGGUUAAAAGCCAAAGGUGGAUGCCAGGUGAGACUAAGGCUAAGGCUAAGGGUAUGUCUGCAGGUUGCCUCAGGUGCGUUGUAAGCCAUGCGGUCAGGGCUGCGUGUGGUGCAGGUGUUAGUCCUGCCUACCGGACGCCAGCCUCCAGGUUCCUCAUCUGCAGUGAGAGAUACAACAACAUCGCCCCCUCCUGGAGGUACUCUCCAUUCUCCACUGCAGUAGAUGACUCUGAACAGAACCCUUCACCCAAGAAAAAAAAGCAAGACCCUCGGGCUCGCGCCACAAUCAGCAGUGUCGGCCGUAAGAUCCCGCAGCGCCACCUAGAGAUAAUCAGUGAGACAGGUGAAAACAUGGGCACCAUGCACCGUGCGGACGUCAUCAGAAUCAUGGACCAGCAGAGCCUCAAACUGGUGCUUCUCAACGAGCACAAAGAUCCUCCCGUCUACCGCCUGAUGAGUGGCAAACAGAUCCAUGAGGAGCAGCUGAAGCUGCGUGAAAAACAGAAAGCCAAGGCAGCUCCUGUUCAGGUGAAGGAACUCACCUUUUCCUCUGAUAUCAGCACCCAUGACCUUACCACCAAGCUGAAACAAGUCCAGAGCUGGCUCGACAAGAAGCACCAUGUGAGAAUUACUCUGCGAUCGGGACGCAGGGAAGCCGCUGCCGCCCUGGACACAGCUCUGGAGCAGAUGGUGCAACAAAUAGAGGUAGUGGUGGGAUUUGUUUCCAAGCCAAAAGUCGUACGUGAUGGUCAAGCAGCCAUGUGCAUUCUCCGUCCACCUUCAGCAAAGGAACUGUCGCAAAAGGGCCAAAACAAGGCCUCAGCAGUGCAGUCCUCUGAUUCCAGCUCACAGCCCAGCACAGCCCCCGUCGGCCCCACACACACAACAGAGGGCUCCGUGCAGCAGUGAGCUGAAGGACAAAGUCGUUUUCAACCUCUGUGUGCACUGGAUGAGCACUGCAGAGAAACUGGACUCCAUAACCCAGACGUCAUACAGAUGUUCAGUGUGGAUUCCAUCGUUAGGCUCCUCACAGUUUGUAAUAUGGGAAUUAACAACAACGUGUUUGAUUACAAAGGCUGGCUGCAUAAUAAGGAUUCAUCUAGCAAGAGGGAUACCAUACAGACCCAGUUUGACAGUCCUUUGUUCAGAUGUACACCGGGAAAUGAUUUUUUCUUUCCAGGUUAUCUGCUAGAUUUUUUUUUUUUUUUUACAGAAAAGAAACAAUAAAUGUACAAUUUUCAUGUGCUUGUCUUAUAAUGCCAUAAUCACUGUAACAAAACAAAUCACAUGUUUUUUGUAAGGUGCUUAUCAUUUCAUCAAUUUCUCCAUUCUGCAUUAUGAACAGCAGUGUUGUGCGAUUGAAGUGUGGAUAAAACAUGCCGAGGUUCCUGAGGGCCUUGAAAAUACGUUGACAUCUGGAGAUUUGUGAGAAAUAAAAUGUUUUUGAAAAUCA